UUCACUUUCUCUAUAUGCUUUAGAAACGCGGCUUCCGCAGAGCAAUCUCCCGGGCGGUGCGUCCACCGUCCCGCCUGACCGCUCUCCCGCUUCCCAGCGAAGCCCCGCGCCGGCCGCGCCGCCACGCCUUUGCUCGGGCCGGGCCUCUGCCGAAGGCCGGGAACGCCCAUUCACCCACCGGGACAGUCGCGGCGCUUCCGAGUCUCGCACAGCUUUUUCAAGCAUCAGUUCCGAAUAGCCUGCCUCGGAAGUAUCACGGGCGCCCCCCGGGCUCCCAAACGCCUAUCUCCUCUGGCUGGAAUGGGAGCCUCAAGAAGCAGGGGGAGGCCCCGGCCAGUCUCCCGGCCGGCCGCAGAGUCCCCGGCACAGAGCGCCAUUUUUGCUACUGGUGGAGCUCGGCUGGGCGGCUGCUUCUGAGCACGCGAGAGAGCAGCCAAGGCGGCGUCCAGACCCACCAAGGAGGGCUGGAAGGAAGGGAAAGGGAAUUUCGGGGGAUGUUGAGCCCAUUUGUGCAAACGGGGAGCCAAGCUCGGCUUGAGAAGGAGCUUUUGAGUCCUGAGAGCAGAGCCAGGGAACCAGUGACAUUUGAGGAUGUGACUGUGGACUUCACCCAGGAAGAGUGGCAGCAGCUGUAUCCUGCUCAGAGGACCCUGCACAGGGAGGUGAUGCUGGAGAUUUAUAGCCACUUGGUCUCUGUGGGGUUUUUGGGUAUAAAACCAGAUGUAAUCUUCAAGUUGCAACAUGGAGAGGACUCGUGGAUCAUAGAGAGUGAGUUGUCAAGGUCCAACUCAGACAGGGACAAAAGCCUUGACUCUUCCCAGCAGACCAUUUCUGGAGAACUUUCAUUUCAAAAGGAGAUAUCAGAAAGAGCCCCAAAGGAUACUUCAUUGUGCUCUGUCUUAAAAGUCUGGCAUAUUGAUGGUCAAAUAGAUAGAUAUCAAGGAAGACAAGACAGAGUUUUGAGGCAGAUCACAGUCAUCAGUCAUGAAACAUUGACAAAAAAGAGAAGCCCCAAAUAUAAUACAUUUGGAAAAAUAUUCAGUGGAUGCAUAGACUUUGAUCAUUCAAGUAAAAAACUCCAUAAUUUUGAUUCAUGUGAAAAGAACUUGAAAUCUAAUUUAGACUCACUGGCUUGUAAUAGGAGCUAUGCAAGAAAGAGCCCCAUUGACAGAUCAGGAUAUGGGAGGCCACCUAGCUAUAGUGCUUUUUGUUCUGUGCCUGAGAAAAUUCACUCUGGAAUGAAACUCUGUGAACAUAGUCAAUGUGAGAAAGUUCUCAAUCAUAAGCAAACCCAUAUUCAGUAUGAGAAGCUUCAAGCUGGGGAGAAACCCAAUUUUUGUAGUGUGUGUGGGAAGGGCUUUCAUAAGAAGUCACAGCUUAUUAUACAUCAGAGAAUUCAUACUGGAGAGAAACCGUAUGUAUGUGGAGAUUGUGGAAAAGCCUUCAGUGAGAAAUCACACCUCAGCGUGCAUCAGAGGAUUCAUACUGGGGAGAAACCUUAUGAAUGUGCUGAGUGUGGGAGGGCCUUCUCCCAGAAGUCACCCUUCAUCGUUCAUCAGAGAGUCCAUACUGGAGAGAAACCCUAUGAAUGUUUUGAGUGCCAAAAAACCUUCUCCCAGAAGUCACAUCUUACUAUACAUCAGAGAGUUCAUAUCAGGAAGAAGCCUUUUGAAUGCAGUGAAUGUGGGAAAGCCUUCUGUGAGAAGUCUCACCUUUCUAUACACCAAAUAACUCAUACUGGGGAGAAGCCUUAUGAAUGUACUGAAUGUGGGAAGACCUUCCCUCGGAAAACACAGCUCAUCAUCCAUCAGAGAACGCAUACUGGAGAGAAACCCUAUAAGUGUAAUGAAUGUGGGAAAACCUUUUGCCAGCAGUCCCACCUCAUAGGACAUCAAAGAAUUCAUACAGGAGAGAAACCUUAUGUAUGUACUGACUGUGGGAAGGCCUUUUCCCAGAAGUCACACCUCACUGGACAUCAAAGGCUUCAUACUGGAGAGAAACCUUAUAUAUGUACAGAAUGUGGAAAAGCCUUCUCUCAGAAAUCACCUCUUAUUAUACACCAGAGAAUUCAUACAGGGGAGAAACCCUAUGAGUGUAGUGAAUGUGGCAAAACCUUCUCCCAGAAAUCACCCCUUAUUAUUCAUCAGAGAAUUCAUACAGGGGAGAAACCCUAUGCAUGUACUGAGUGUGGGAGGGCCUUUUCCCUGAGGUCACAUCUCAUUAUACAUCAGAGAGCUCAUACUGGAGAGAAACCAUAUGAAUACAGCAAAUGUGGGAAGGCCUUCUGUGAGAAGUCUCCACUAGUUGUCCAUCAGAGAAGCCUUACUAGGGAGAAAUCCCCUGAAUGUGCUGAGUAUGGGAUGAACUUUUCCUGGAAAUCACAGAUGAUCACAUAUCAGAGGACAUACACAGAGGAGAAACCCUCCAAAUGUAGUGACUGUGGGAAGGUCUUCUGCCAGCAUAUAUACCUCACAGGACAUCAGAAUCCACAUAGGAGAGAAACCUUACAUAUGUACUGAUUGUGGGAACAUCUUUUCCCAGAAGUAAGACCUCAUUGUGUGUGAGAACUCACAAUGAAUAGAAAUCCUAUGGAUAUGUUGGACAUGAAAAAAUGUGGCAACUCCUCAACUGUAGAGUAGACUCAUAUGUUCCUAAUUAUGUCUGAUAACCUCUCCACAGAAUAAUCUGGCCAGGCCCACAGAGGCUUUUCAACACUGUAAAUAUGGAGUGGAUUUGCUCACCCUCAGAGUAUCUCAGCCCACUUCGCAGACUAAAUGCAUCUGGAACAAUGAGCACCACUUUGGUGUUGUUUGGUUUUUAAAGGUUUUGUAGAAUUUUCCUUUGAAUUUAUUUGGGCAUGGUGGAUUAUU